AUGCCACAUUUACACGAGGACGAGGACGAGGACGACGACGACGACGACUCGGAAGAGGAGGAAGAGGAUUCUUCUGAAACCGACUCGGAGGACGACUCGGAGGAGCAGGGGGCUGCGCUGGAGGGUGACUUCAAUCUAGCAGAUUAUGACUACCUGCCAGUAUCUUCUGAAAUCAAAGAACUCUUUGAAUACAUCAAGAGGUACACGCCCAAAACAAUAGAGAUCGAGCACAAACUGCAGCCUUUUAUUCCAGACUUUAUUCCAGCAGUUGGAGACAUUGACGCGUUCCUUAAGGUUCCCCGUCCUGACGGCAAGCCUGAUAACCUUGGCCUGCUGGUCCUGGACGAGCCGUCAACCAAGCAGUCGGAUCCCACCGUGCUCUCCCUUUGGCUGACAGAGAGCUCCAAGCAGCACAACAUCGCACAGCAGAUAAAAGUGAAGAGUUUGGAGAAUGCAGAGAAGAACCCCAAAGCCAUUGAGAGCUGGAUCGAAAGUAUCAGCGAACUGCACCGCUGCAAACCUCCCGCCACUGUCCAUUACAGCAGGCCAAUGCCUGACAUUGAGACGCUGAUGCAGGAGUGGUCCCCAGAAUUUGAGGAGCUCUUAGGAAAGGUGGGGCUCCCGACUGCAGAGAUGGACUGCGACCUGGCCGAAUACAUUGACAUGAUAUGCGCCGUUCUGGACAUCCCCGUGUACAAGAGUCGGAUCCAGCCCCUGCACGUCCUCUUCUCCCUCUACUCGGAGUUCAAGAACUCGCAGCAUUUCAAGCCCCUGGCUGACGGGAAGAAGGGCCAGAGCCCCAGCGGCACCUCACCUUCCUCCUGGGCGUCCUCCUCCUCCUCCUCGUCCAGCCCCGGGAUAUCCCCAAAAGGGGUGCUGGGGUUGAAGAUGGUCUGCAGGACGGCCCUGUCGUUGGCUGUGGCCAUGGUGCCCUGUGCGCCCAGAGCCCCUCGGCCCGGCUGCAGGGCGCAGGCGGGCGGCCCCCGCCCGGUUAAUGUUCACACCGCCGGCACCGCUUCACCCGUCCACAUCCUAUCCCAGCCCGGUGCUGGGCCCCACCGCCCGCAGGCAGCGACCCAGCUGGAAAAGCCACGGCUCCCCAAGGUGACCCGUGCACACCGGCCGCAGCGAGCCCAGCACCUCCCCACCGAACCCCCACCACAGUGGCGCCAGCUGGGGGCUGCCAGCCCCCCGGGCGUUUGCAGGAGGAGAAGCGGAGACCCGGGAAAAGCAGGUCUCAACCCUCGAGAAGAAAUCCAGAGCAACCCUCUGCAGCAAUAA